AAAUCUUGGAGCAGGAGCUAGGCAAACCUGAUAUCCAGAGUGUUGACGUCCAAAGCAAGGACCCAGCUGACCUUAUUGAGGAAAAUGAUGGUGUGCAUUCUCCUGGUGCUGCACGUGGCCCACUCCCAUGUGAUACUGAAACAAUUGACUUUGAAGGUCAGAGUCAGAAGAUUGAGGGAAAAGUUCUGGAUGGCCCCAACCAGGAUCAGAAUUCAGCGAUCCUGGACGAGAGACCUUUGGAGUUAGAAAUCAAACACGAGAAGGCUCAACAACAGAAAGAUGGGUUUACUGGUGCCGAGUCAUCAAUUACAACUGGGACCAAGGAGAUGGACAUGGAAAAGAGUUUGACAUGUGUACGGUCAUCUUCAGCAGUUGAACCUGAGGAAGCAAAGUUGAUCACUGGUUUGGAGUUGGUAACAGACGAUGAAACAACCAAGGGAUUUGGUAGUGCCUCAGCAGAGAUGGAGGUUGAACUGAACAAUGAGGUUGAGGGAGAAUUUGAAAAUCCACCCAAUGUACAACCUGACACUGAUAUGAAAACAGCUUCUAAUAUGCUUCUGCCAGAUAGAAAUGCUUUCCUUGGGAAUGAGUCAGAAACAGAGGAAAAUCAAGCAGCCUUUAUGAAAGAGUUGGAAGCUUUCCACAAAGAGAGGUUCUUGGAAUUCAAGCCACCAAAGUUCUAUGGAGAGCCAUUGAAUUGCCUCAAAUUAUGGAGAGCUGUAAUCAAACUUGGCGGCUAUGAACAGGUGACUGCUUGCAAGCUGUGGCGGCAAGUUGGAGAAUCUUUUAAUCCUCCAAAGACCUGUACGACAGUUUCCUGGACAUUUCGAGGUUUCUAUGAGAAGGCACUACUGGAGUAUGAAAAGCACAAAAUGCGCUGUGGUGAACUUCCUUUUACUGAUGCUUCCUUUGUAGAACCAUCCGGCGCUGGCAAUCAGGCAGGUACUAGUCAAUCAUCAGGAUCAGGAAGAGCAAGAAGGGAUGCUGCAGCUCGUGCUAUGCAGGGUUGGCACAGUCAGCGUCUCCUUGGCAAUGGAGAGGUUGGAGAUCCGAUUAUCAAGGACAAAAAUUUGGUUUCAACACCAAAGCGUGAAAAGCAGCUGAAAAGCGUUGGUCUGCUAAAACGUAAAAAGGCGUCUCCUGUUGAUCAUCCUCUCCAUGGUGCAAGCAUGAAAGUAUCGAAACCACAACUGGAUACGAUGGUGGUAGAUAUUGGUAACCCGGCCGACUGGGUGAAGAUUAAUGUACAGAGAACAAAAGACUGCUUUGAAGUAUAUGCUUUAGUUCCUGGGCUUUUGCGCGAGGAGGUGCGGGUGCAAUCUGAUCCUGCAGGCCGCUUAGUUAUAUCUGGUCAGCCAGAACAGCUGGAUAAUCCUUGGGGAGUCACUCCAUUCAAAAAGGUAGUCAGCUUACCAUCCAGGAUAGAUCCUCAUCAGACAUCUGCUGUGGUUACCUUACAUGGCCAGUUGUUUGUGCGAGUACCAUUUGAGCAGUCAGACACCUAGAAUGUGGAAAAGGUACAUUGAGCUCCAUUUGCUCUGUCUGGUUAUCUGAAGACAGAGAGAGAAGGAGAGAUUGUUGGGGGAAAUGGAGCUACGGAUGUCAAAUUUGCAAUGAAAGUUUGACUUUGUACUGCAAGCUCACAAUGAAGCUUAAAGUUUUUUUUUUUUUUUUUUUGUCUUAAGAAAAAAGAAAACACUUGCUGCUGUUUAACGUAAGCUUUGCGGCUGAAUUAUCUUUUGUGUAGAUACUAUCUACUUACUGUAGGUUCAGUAUGCUUAACUUUUCCGACCCUUCUCUUUGCUGUCCGGUUCAUGUGGUUCCUUUAGUUGGACCUGUACAUUUUCGUUGCCAAACAUACAUGCUUGCUAUCAUUUUUCUUCGAA